CUUAUAAGUUCAGUGAGCGGCUGCAAUGUGUUUCAGUCGCACCCAUCUCCCGCAAACUGUGACUACGCUUUCAACAUGGAAGGGACGCGCAUUGUUCUGCUGGUGGCUUCCGUCUUCGCAGUAGGCGCAGGACUGAAGCUACCACAUUACGUGAAGCCAUGUGCCCGAAGCGACCCAAAUUUCAACCAGUGCGCCAUAGAACAUGCAAGAGAGACGCUGACAGCCCCCGAAGUUAGGAAGGGUGACCGCAAGUAUAACGUGCCACCGAUCGACCCACUGCUCAUCACGGAGAUCAAACUGUCGGAGAGCAACGGGCUGACGAUCACCAUCAAAGACGCAAAAUUCUAUGGCUUCCCGGACACCAAGUUGGAAAACGCCAAUUUCGACUUCGAGAAAAUGCACGUGAGCGGCGACCUCAGCCUGCCUGUCUUGCAGAUCAUCGGCAAGUAUGAGGCAGAGGGAAAGCUUCUGCUCCUGCCCCUGAAUGGCAAAGGGGACAUCAAUAUCACUCUAGUUAACGCCAAGUUGACAGUCGAAACCGACUUGACCCUGAAGCAGAUCGAGAACAGAGAACAUGUAGUCCUGAAGAACUCGCAGGUUACUGUGACGCCAUCUCGGAUGUACGUCUACCUCUCGAACCUAUUCAACGGAGACAAACUGCUGGGAAAAGAAACGAACGAGGUACUGAACGCCAGCUGGGAGGAACUGUACACCAUCAUGUCGCCAUCCAUAACAGAGGCAAUAGUGCAGGCCAUGGAGACCAUUAUGAACGGAAUUGCCGCCGUGGUUCCAUUUGAAGAAGCCUUCCCCGAGACAUUGCCCAUGAUCUCAUCGGGAAUUGAACCCACACCACGACAACCGCAAUCAGGAGAGUCUGUGUUCCGGCUGACAUCCGAGCUGAGUACUCGAACACAAGCGUACAGCGUCACCGUCAGACCAGACCGAGUUCGAUACCAGAGUUUCGGAGAGACACUCUGCCUUCAUUCUCAGGGACGAAGUGCGAGGAAGGGGGUGGGUUAUGUAGACUGCUUCGUGAAGUACGUUUGUAUCGGCAACACACAUAUACCAAGGGCACUGAGAUAUGCAACUGCAACACAAGUAAGCACCAAGACAGGAAGGCGAGGUAUAGACGAGUAUGAUACAGAGCCCGCAGUUGGGUGGGCCCCUCCUGAACCCACAGCAACUGACGGCAAGCCAGAGUAUCUGCAAGCCACGCUUGAGCGGCGCAGUGAGGCCGAAGGGCGCUACGUCGCAUCGCGCCAUCUGGACAGACAAGCCCGGCCCGGCAGUGUGGUGACAGCUGACGCGAGAGACGCAGAGAACAUGGGCGCUUACAGCACGAUCCUGCUACUGUUGGUAUCCACGGCAACUGGAGUUCGGACUGCAAAACCUGCCAGCGAGUUCUUCCAGCUGUGCCACAGGAGCGACGUGAACAUCUCGAGCUGCAUUAAGAACACCCUCGAAGACCUGAGGCCCCGCCUACUCAAAGGUAUCCCCGAGCUGGGCAUAGUGCCCAUGGAUCCGCUCAACAUCCCCCGCCUGGAGUACAGAGAGGGGAACCAGAACUUCAAGAUGAAGCAAGUGCUAAGCAACGUAACAAUAUAUGGCAUCGCGGACGGAAAGCUGCUAGAUGUCAGGAUUGACUUCGACGCCCUGACGAUGAGGAUUGACAUGGUGAUACCGCUCCUGAAGAUUGUCGCAGACUACGAGAUGGAAGGCAAAGUUCUCAUCUUGUCUAUGACGGGAAAGGGUGACUGUACGCUCAAAUUCACUGAAAGGAAGGACACGCGUCUUGUUUCAGCGGAUGUUACAGUCUCCUGCCACACCACAUUUCAAAUGGUAACGCGGGACGGAGAGCAGUACCUACACGUACAGGACCUGAAGUGGGCGCUUGGAGCAGGGAACAGUCGCUUCCAGUUCAACAACCUGUUCGGUGGGGACAAGGCCCUCGGUGACGCAGCGAACAGGUUCCUGAACGAGAACUCGCGCGAGGCGUUCAAAGCCUACAAGCACCUGCCAGAAGAGGCGUUCGGCAUCCUAUUUAAGGAUCUAAGCAACAAGGUGUACGGACAGUUCCCAUUCGAGGAGCUGUUCCCAGAGUAGCGGCGUCGCGACACAUGUCCUCACUUACUAACACGGCCCACUAACGGGGAGCUCCACAAUCCCUUCUCUUCUCUGAGACAGAUAUUGGGGUGAUUAGACAUAAAUGCAUGCAAAAUUCUGAGCUGAAGAACCUGAAAGGAAAAUACUACUUGUGGGACGGAAGUGAUUGGGAGAAUAAUAUUAAGUUGGAUCUUAGAUACACAUGAUGUGAUUCAGCUGGCCCACAACACGGUCCCGUGGCCGACUCUUGUGAAAAUGGUAAUGAAACUUCGGGUUCCACAAAAUUCUUGGGAUGUUGCUCAGCUGAGUGGCUGUCAGGUUCUCUGCCGCUGGAAGUAGGGCACGUCUAGAGUCAUCAGUGGCAGCUGCGCCGCGGUAAGCAACUCACUGCUACACGAUUUUCCGUGAACAGCUGGUACUUGCAUGGGCGCACCUAAGAUUCCGUCAGUUCACUACGAAAAUCGCACAAGCGGGUUUGGGAACAUUAACCCAGAUAUAUUUAGAAGUAGUUUAGACAGAAGUUUACAAGACCUUGUGUUUCUCAGAACAUAUUGUAGCGUACAGACCCGUUGCUAAGCAGUGACUCUGCAGCAGCGACAGUUUCUGAGCAAUGCCUUAGUAAUCUUGGUUCCAAGGCAACAAAUUUAACAUUUGGUAACCGCUUCAAACGUAAAUUGUAUUCAGUUAAAUAAUAUUAAAUAUUUUAAAGUUGAAAACGUUAUUAUGCGAAGGUGCAAACGGACGAAGCCGUAACGCUUCUGCAACCUCUUACGUAACCGCUGAUAACUCAAGAACUACGCCAUAUACAUAUUAUGUGAAGAGUCACAUGUGACUGAAAGAACGAAGGUUGAUCUAUCCCAAAACGGUGUUUAUUUUAUUUCCAAAAUAAAACUGUAUGUUGUUUAAACAAUUGCCCAAAACACGGAACAAUUUUCCUGACUUUACAGACUUCCACGGCUAAACCGUAAGAGAUACUUAUGAAUUACAUGAAAUCAACCAACAUUCUAGCGACAGCGAAUGUUUACUUGCCCAACAACACACGCUCUUACGGAACGAAGACAAACACUUGGAAAUAUCUCCAUGUCAAAACAACAAACCUCUUAGCUACCGUUUCCGAGCAUAUGUUUGGGACAAGCCUUACAAGUGCACUACUCACUUUAAGCGACAGGAUGUCAGGGUUCGAGGAGCAGCCACAUACCGCUAUGGCAACGCCUCAUCUCCUUAUGAAGCUGCAUUAACAGAACAUGGCGAAGACGCCGUUUAAAUUAGCUUCUUCGGAAUUGCGUGGAGUCUGCGCAGCAGAGUGUCUGGCGGUCACUGUGUGCGUGUCUUCAAACUUGGCUGAGUGUUCUCCAAAAGUGCGCAAGAUGAAGUUUCUGGCAAGAGAGGUCGUGAGGAUGGGCCAAUCAUAUUGGCGGCUGACUUUAACGUAAACGUC